AUGAGAACAAGCACAGCGCAGUAUGUCAGUGAGAAUAAGCGAGAAGUUUGCCCUGGCACAGAGAACAAGUUGAGCACUCUGUCUGACCUGGACCAGCAGUACCGCACCCUGAAGAAGCUCUACGAGAACUGUGAAGUUGUCAUGGGCAAUUUGGAGAUCACCAGCAUCGAUCGAAACCGCAACCUCUCCUUCCUCAAGUCGAUCAGAGAGGUGACCGGCUACGUGCUGGUGGCUCUGAACCAGUUUGACUACCUGCCGCUGGAGAACCUGCGGAUCGUCCGGGGCACCAAACUGUACGAGGAUCGCUACGCCCUGGCCAUCUUCCUCAACUACAGGAGGGACGGGUACUACGGCCUGAGACAGCUGGGCCUGCGCAACCUCACGGAGAUACUGAAUGGGGGUGUUUAUGUCGACCAGAACAAAUUCUUGUGCCAUGCGGACACCAUCCAUUGGCGUGACAUUAUCAAGAACCCCCAGGCUGAGCUGCUGGUGGUGCCGUCCAACAACAGCAACCUCGGAUGCAAACGAUGUCAUCGCACAUGUAAUGGACGCUGCUGGGGCCAUCAGGAAGACCAGUGCCAAACCUUGACAAAGACGGUGUGUGCAGAGCAGUGUGACGGUCGAUGCUUCGGGCCUUACGUCAGUGACUGCUGCCAUCGCGAGUGUGCCGGCGGCUGCUCAGGCCCCAAGGACACGGACUGCUUCGCGUGCACCAAUUUCAACGACAGCGGCGCAUGUGUGACCCAGUGCCCUCAGCCGUUUGUGUACAACCCCACGUCUUUUCAGUUGGAGCACAACCCCAGAGCCAAGUACACCUAUGGAGCCUUUUGCGUCAAGAAGUGCCCACAUAACUUUGUGGUGGACCACAGCUCCUGUGUUAGAGCUUGUCCCAGCAACAAGAUGGAAGUGGAGGAGAACCGCAUCAAGAUGUGCAUCCCCUGUACAGACAUCUGUCCUAAAGUGUGUGACGGCAUAGGAACAGGCAGCCUGCAGACGGCUCAGACAGUGGACGCCAGCAACAUUGAUAAAUUUGUCAACUGCACCAAAAUCAACGGCAACCUCAUCUUCCUCAUUACUGGCAUUAAAGGGGAUAUGUAUCAUGGUAUUGGACCUAUGGACCCUGAUCGCCUCAACGUGUUCCGCACUGUGAAAGAAAUCACAGGUUACCUCAACAUCCAGUCCUGGCCUGAGAACAUGACAGAUCUGAGUGUUUUUUCCAGCCUGGCAACAAUCGGAGGCAGAUCUCUCUACAGUGGAAGCGGUAUUUCUCUGUUGAUCCUGAAGCAGCGUUGGAUCUCGUCCCUGCAGUUCCAGUCGUUGGACGAGAUCAGCGCCGGCAACGUCUACAUCUUCAACAACAGCCUCCUGUGUUUCUACAACACCGUCAACUGGACGUCACUCUUCAGGACGUCUAGCCAGAAAGUCCUCAUCCGCAACAACCGCGAUCCAAGGGAAUGCACUCAGCAGCGGAUGGUGUGUGACCGGAUGUGUUCGGACGAUGGUUGUUGGGGCCCGGGGCCGGACCAGUGUCUCUCCUGUCGAUAUUUCAGACGAGGCCGCACCUGCAUCGAGUCCUGCAACCUCUUUGACGGGGAAGUUCGUGAAUUUGCCAAUGGAUCCAUGUGUCUGGAGUGUGAUAGCCAAUGUGAGAAGAUGGAUGGGAACACCAUGACAUGUAUUGGCCAGGGCCCGGACCAGUGUGUAAAAUGUCUCCACUUCAAAGAUGGACCCAACUGCGUGGAGAAGUGCCCCGACGGGCUGCAGGGAGCCAACAGUUUCAUCUUCAAAUACGCCAAGGCCAACAAUGAGUGUCAUCCCUGCCAUGCCAACUGUACCCAGGGGUGCGUCGGGCCAAGGCUUCAAGAUUGUGUUGGGAUGAUGGACAGGACACCCCUAAUAGCAGCUGGCAUUAUCGGAAGUCUAUUUAUCAUCGUCAUUCUGGCGCUCAGUGUGGCCGUGUACGUUCGACGCAAAAGCAUCAAGAAGAAGAGGGCCUUGAGGCGAUUCCUAGAGACAGAGCUGGUGGAGGUGCUGACCCCCAGUGGAACGGCCCCUAACCAGGCUCAGCUGCGGAUCCUGAAAGAGACGGAGCUGAAGAGGGUCAAGAUUCUGGGUUCAGGAGCUUUUGGAACCGUCUACAAGGGCAUCUGGGUCCCAGAAGGUGAGACAGUGAAGAUCCCCGUGGCCAUUAAAAUCCUCAACGAGGCCACCGGCCCUAAAGCCAAUGUGGAGUUCAUGGACGAGGCCCUGAUCAUGGCCAGCAUGGAGCACCCCCACCUGGUGCGUCUGCUGGGCGUCUGCCUGAGCCCCACCAUCCAGCUGGUCACGCAGCUCAUGCCCCACGGCUGCCUCCUCGACUAUGUGCACGAGCACAAGGACAACAUCGGAUCGCAGCUGCUGCUCAACUGGUGUGUCCAAAUCGCCAAGGGGAUGAUGUACCUGGAGGAGAGGAGGCUGGUCCACAGAGACCUGGCCGCCCGGAACGUGCUGGUGAAGUCGCCCAAUCACAUCAAGAUCACCGACUUCGGCCUGGCGCGGCUGCUGGACGCUGACGAGAAGGAGUACAACGCAGACGGGGGCAAGGUUGGUAUGCCCAUCAAAUGGAUGGCUCUGGAAUGCAUCCACUACAGGAAGUUCACCCAUCAGAGUGACGUGUGGAGUUAUGGAGUGACCAUCUGGGAGCUGAUGACAUUCGGAGGCAAGCCGUACGACGGCAUCCCCACUCGAGAAAUCCCAGACAUCCUGGAGAAAGGGGAGCGUCUGCCCCAGCCGCCCAUUUGCACCAUAGACGUCUACAUGGUCAUGGUCAAAUGCUGGAUGAUUGACGCAGACAGCAGGCCGAAGUUCAAGGAGCUGGCCGCUGAGUUCUGCAGAAUGGCCCGUGACCCUCAGCGAUACCUUGUCAUCCAGGGAGACGACCGCAUGAAGCUCCCCAGCCCCAAUGACAGCAAGUUCUUUCAGAGCCUUCUGGAUGAAGAGGACCUUGAUGACCUGAUGGAUGCUGAGGAGUAUCUGGUGCCUCGAGGUUUCAACAUGGCUCCUCAGUCGUAUACCACCAGGCCUCGAGUCGACUCCAACAGAAACCAGUUCGGCUAUCGAGACGGUGGUCCAAACCCUGCAGAGGGCUCCGUGGCCGGUGCCCAAGCCUGUGUGAACCAGGAAGCAGCAGGUGGCUCGGCUCCAGCCCUGGAGGACCAGCGCUGCAAUGGGAGCCUGCAUAAAAAGAGCCUGAGCCAGGCUGGGGGAGAGGACAGCGGGGGCCAGAGGUACAGCGCUGACCCCACCAUCUUCCUUGGGGAGAGGACCUCCAGAGGGGACACUGAUGAGGACGGAUACAUGACCCCCAUGAAGGACAAGAGCUCCUCAGAAUACCUGAAUCCCAUUGAGGAGAACCCGUUUGUCUCGCGACGCAAAAACGGAGAGAUCCACGCCUUGGACAACCCAGGCUACCACAGCACACCCAACAGUCAACCCAAAGGAGAGGACGAAUACAUCAACGAACCCCUCUACCUUAACACCUUCCACAGCCCCGCCGAGCUGGGCCUGGAGGCCCUGAGGAGAAAUGGUCUGCCCCUUCCCACCCACCCUCCUUCGUCCAUCUCAGCCACGACCUCAGGCUCCCACCUCCCACUUACUAUCCAGACCAGCUUGCCCCACUACCCGCUCCCCACGGCCCAGCCCUCUCCAUCUGGCAUGCCUUGUCACCACGGCCCACCAACCCACAUCCUCCAUGCUCACCACACCAUCAAACCUGCAGGACAACCUGGUAAUCCAGGUGGCAGCGCCGCCACCCAGAGCCAAACAGGAGCUACUGCCCAAUCCCAGGUGUGCCAGUCAGGUGGCCUGCCCUCCUCGGCCACCAUAGGGCACGGCAGCCUGCCAGCCUACCAGAUCCACGGAACCGCGCAUCCCGCUAGCAUGCUGAAGCAUGGAGGACAGAUGUCAGGGAAGGCCACUGGGAAGAAGCUCAAGGUGACCUUUGACAAUCCAGAAUACUGGCAGCACAGCUUGCCUCCCAAAUCGUCCAACCAGGCGGCCCCCGAUGGCGCCCAGGGUGGGUCCACCAACGCCAAACUCUUCUAUAAGCAGAACGGACACAUACGGCCGGCGGUAGCUGAGAACCCCGAAUACAUGUCGGAGUUUUCCCUGAAAUCUGGCACCGUCUUGCCGCCUCCACCUUACCGACAGCGGAACACUGUGGUCUAGAUCGUUCCACUUGACAAACGUUCCUAAAUCUGACUCCCAACAACCCCCGACAUCCUCUCCGGUUCCACUGUCCCACACAGAGGGGAGCAGACUCAACCAGAGCUGCCCCCAACUCUUUUCAAAUAGCGUGCCAUCUGCUGUAGACCGUAGCAACAUCAGAAGGAGGUGGACCGAACUGAGCCAAGCAGACCCAACUUGGACCGACGCACCUUCUCUAUAUCCAAUCCAGUCCAUUUCUGUUCUGUAGAUAGAGACUGCGCCCCGAGUCACUGAGAACGUAAAGGUUAUGGUAGUU